AUGCAACCAGGAAAUGUAACGAACUCGAAGAAGAAAGAAGACCCGGCUGUUACCAAUUUUAGGGAAUAUGUUAAGAUAAAGACAGUGCAUCCCGACCCCGAUUACGAUGGAGCCAUAAAAUUUCUUGAACGUAUGGCAAAAGAACUGGAGCUACCGUUUAAGUGCAUUGAAGUUCAUCCUGGAAAACCAGUUGGUAUAAUAACAUGGAAAGGAAAGAAUCCAUCUCUUCCUUCUUUGAUGUUAAAUUCUCAUAUGGAUGUGGUGCCCGUAUUCCAGGAGCACUGGAAAUGUGACGCGUUUGAAGCCAAGAAAAUGGACAAUGGUGACAUUUAUGGCAGAGGAACACAGGAUAUGAAAAGUGUGACAAUACAGUAUAUCGAAGCAGUACGAAGAUUGAAAAGUAAAGAAGAAAAACUACUGAGAAAUAUAUAUAUUACAUUCAUGCCCAAUGAAGAAACUGAUAGCAUUGGAAUGAGUCUGUUUAUAAAGAGACCUGAGUUUGAAGAGAUGAAUGUGGGAUAUGUCUUAGAUGAAGGUCUUGCAAAUCCAGAUGAUGUUUUUACCGUGUUUUAUGGAGAGAGAACCAUUUGGCAAUUGAAUGUGAUAUGCUCAGGUGAUCCUGGACAUGGAUCCAGAUUCAUUGAAAAUACAGCUGCUGAAAAACUGCGAAAAGUUAUCAACUCUUUUCUUUCAUUCAGAGAAGAACAGAAAAAAGAACUUGAGACAAAUCAAAAGCUUAAAAUUGGAGAUGUCACUACAGUAAAUCUAACCAAAGUCGAGGGUGGUAUUGCACAUAAUGUGGUACCUGUGAAUUUUACUGCAUCAUUUGAUAUCCGUAUCUCACCAACAGUUAAUUUGCAAGAAUUUGAGGACAAAAUCAAAGGUUGGUGUAAAAAUGCAGGUGAUGCUGUUACCUGUGAAUUUGUUGUG